GUAUUAUCCCUCUCUGUAUUCCACCUCCCUCGCCCUCUCUCUGUCACUGUCGGAGAGCUGCAGGCAGACGAGGCGGCAUGCACUAAUGUUGCUAUAUUUGACAAGGCACGCGCACACCCUCUUCUGCCACAUGCACGGCUGCACACUCAUAUGAGAAAGAGGAAGGGGAGGCGAGGGCACCGGGGCUUUAAGACGCACUGGAUGCGGUCUGACUGCUGGAAUCACAAACAUAGCGAAACACGGAGAGGGGGUAAUGCAUGACGCCAGCAAACCAAUCGUGUUUUUGCUCUUUAUCUCUCUCUCUUUCUCUCUCAGACACACGCUCACGCCUCUCAGACACACGGCAGCACACGAGCCAGGGAGCGGGACGGCGUUGGACGUAUCAUUCAUACAGAGAAAAGAUCAGAAGGAAAGGAUUAACUCCCUCCAGUCUUCUCCCUCUAAGGAUCUUAUCCCCUCUUCCCUCCUCGUGUUCCUCUAAGCCUAUCCUUUUUUACCUCAUUUUUUUUGUCUUUUUAACAAUCCCUCCUUUUAAGAAAGAAAAAACAAUCUUUUCUUUUUUACACAAUUCAUUUGUGGGCUGAGAGAAGCAGACAAGACACAAUCACAAUCUUUACCCUGCGGAUUGAUUUAGCUGAAGCAGUGACGGGGUUUUUUCUUCGAUGUUUUGUCCUGUGAGACAUUUUUUGAUCAUUUGUUUUUCAAUCAAAUAUCUUUGGAUUAAUGGCUGACAGCAGCAAGCUGUAAGGCUGGUGCCAACUGAGGUAUCUGGUAAAAAGGUGACUUGCUGCAGCUUUUCCUCAGUCACUGUUCAUGUGGGAGCUGCAGGCAUGACGGCUUGACCCCUUCACUGCCCCACUCCUCUGGCAGAGGAAGGCCACACACUUCUGUGUCAUGCCCCCCUACAUCCACCCCCCUGGGGGCACUGGCCUCCCCCCAACCGGCGCUACCAUCUUCUUGACCAGACGCGUCUUCUAUGUCCUGAGCCUCUUGGCCAUGUUGCUUUUCCCAGCAUCCUUGUGCCCUCCUCCUUGUCUCUGCUCCUCGGACACCCUUGUGGUUGACUGUGGGGAACGUGGACUUUCCUCCCUGCCUCCUAUGCACCUCCUGCCUCCAGGGAGUCGCUCCCUGCUGCUAGCCAACAACAAGUUCGCCUCACUGGGAGCCUCAUCCUUUGCUAACCUAUCCUCUCUAGAGGAGCUGAACCUUUCAAAUAACUACCUGGAUAAUUUACCAGCCGGAUUGUUUAGAGACAUGUCCAACCUGACAAGACUGACUCUGCACAACAACUCACUAACAGUAAUGGACAGAGAGCUCUUCCAGGGUUUAGGGAGUCUACAGAGUCUGGACUUGUCUUUGAAUGGUCUGUCCACCAUUCCCAUAGGCUCUAUGGAUGAGCUGCAGCACCUCAGGUGGCUCUCGCUGGCAGGCAACAGACUUCAUGGUUUGGAGAGGGCAGCGUUUGAGCCACUGGUCAACCUGCAACACCUAGAACUGGGACAGAACCCUUGGGAAUGCGACUGCAACCUUCGUGAUUUCAAACACUGGAUGGAGUGGCUGCUGUACCGAGGGGGUAAGGUGGAUGCAUUGGAGUGCACACUACCAAAGGACCUGCGUGGGAGGGAUAUACGCGGCGUUCCGGUGGAGAUGUUCAACUACUGCCUCCAACUUGAAGAUGAGAAUGGAGGAGGAGGGGGUGGUGACGGUGCUCGCUCUGGACAAGGAGGCGGCCCUCCAUGCAGCAGGAGUGCUCUUAUCCCAAGUGGGGCAACACCAGUUUCUGACAACAGCGGCAGCGCCGGUGUUGACUCCUCUUCAUCCACAGGAGGCGGCGGAGGCGGCGAGGCCUCGUCGGAUUGCAGCCGUGCCCGCUACCGACCCGUGAGCGUGCGCCGCGCCAUCGGCACGGUGGUGAUUGCUGGCGUGGUGUGCGGCAUUGUUUGCAUCAUGAUGGUGGCCGCCGCUGCUUACGGCUGCAUCUACGCUUCUCUAAUGGCCAAGUACCAGAGAGAGCUGAAGAAGAGGCAGCCGCUAAUGGGGGACGGAGAGGCUGACGGGGAGGACAGGGAAGACAAACAAAUCUCCUCUGUGGCCUAAAAAGAGAGAUGGGACAGAGAGGAGCUGGCAAGUCAAAACGGGCGAAGGCUAUAAGCGAUGAAAAUAAAAGGGCUCUAAGAGGAGAGAGAUGGACAGGCUUGUUUUUCUACUCACGGACAAUAUUGUAUCUCUCCCUCUGACUCUCAUACUGACACCUCUUUCCCAUUUUUUGUCUUCCUUUCCUCAUCCUUAAUCUAUUUUUAACCUCCUCCAGUCUUGUCCUUCUCUCUAACAUACUCUCCCACACACACAAACCUUAUCUGUUCCCUGAUUUUCUCUUCAAUUUUGGGCCCAUUCUCUGUCUGCAGUAUUUCUUACCAAUUAUUCUUCCAAGUUGCCUGCCAACCACCUACUGCAACUAAAUUUGCCAUUAUAUUGGCAAGGAAAAACAAAAAAAAACAGAUUUGGUAUGUCCCUAUACUAUGAAACAUAUCAUUUAAGAUGUUAUGAAGCACCCAUGCUGCAUGGUCAGUAAGUAUUUGCAAACCUGGAGUGAGGAUUCAGGGAUUCACAGUAUGCAUGGUGUUAAUUGGACCAAUGUUGACACUGACUCGUAGAUUCUGUGCCAUCACCUGUCUUUUCCUCUUCAAACCCAGUGCUUACUUGGAAAAAUCCGAAUUCCAACACAUUUAGUCCUCAGAGCAAAUUUUAACAACAACCUUUAGUCUACAAGCUCUAAGAAAUGACUGACACUAAGAAGCACAUUUGGGAUAUUUAUGCUAAAACAAAAAGAGGACUGGUAAGUUGCUUAUGUAUGCUGAUGAGACCAAAGUCGUAGAGAAAAAAGAUCUGGUGUGUGAAAAUCCAAGAGAAUAUGUCAGCGACUACAUCAACCUCCGUCCCUCUACCUGUAGCCACUGCUUCGAUUGAUCUUUCUGGACUAACAAAGAUCAACAAGCAGAAACUACUACAUAAGAAGCUCAUUUGUCAAGACUAACCAGAAAAUACAGUAGCAUUUAUCUGCAAUUUUAUGCUGAUGAACUUGUCAUAUUCAGGAAAAAAAAGAGAGAUGAAGCUUCUAAAAAUGGUCUGGACAAAUUAACAUCUCAAUCAGUAAAAGAAGUAGUAAAACUUCACUUGUGGAUUAAUCGUGAAAAUUCCUGGGAAAAGGACAACAGAUUUUAUUCUCCGUUUACCCCCUCAAGGAGGUAAAGGUUUGUUACAGUGACAUGGACAGCAACCUCAGAGAGCACUGUCCUCUGCUAAGGACUAUGAAACGUAAUCUAUGAACUACAAAUGUUGCCCUUCUGCACUUUAUUUCUCUUAUCAGAUACCCUCUGGUCGUUCUCCCAGCCUCUUUCCUCCUGUACCUUUCAAAGACAGAUAAAUCACCCAGAGAGAUUAUAAGGAAAGGGAUUAUCAAAAGAAAGCUGCUAUUUUACUCCCUCCUCCCGUUUUUCCAUCUCCUCACCCAUCUUUCUACCCAGUAAUAUUUGCGGAAGCUUUUUCCACACUGCUUAAGGAUUUCAUCUGUCCCUUUCAACAAUCCCUUCCUUAAAACAAUUUCUCUUUUUAUUUACCAAGAAAGGUCUGCAAUAUGCAAUGAAAAUUGUCUCUCUGUUAGCAGGAUUUGACAGGAACAUAAUUGUGUUUAUAUAUACAUGCAUAGUAUUCAGUUUGUUUGGAAACUGUUUCCAUUAUUUGAUUAAUUCCCCUGAAAGAUUUAUGUGAGCAAUUAUCUUAGGUGCACAGACAGUGAUUUCAGCAGCAUUUAUUGCAACCCUGAAAUAAAUCUAAGCUCCCUCUCAAUUUUUGAUUGGCUUGGAAUAAACCUAUAAUAUUAACGUGCUUCUGAUAUCAGAUUUUAUUGCAGAUAUUAUUAUGCUAGUCUACUAUGAUGUGUUGGCCCAGAAAUUCCAGAAAUUUAUCUGUUUUUUGGUUUCUUGUAUGAACCCACAAUGUAUGUGUCCUUUGUUGUGUUGAUGGAUUCGGUUUUUUGAUUUAGAUUUUAAUAUCACUGCGAUAGUUAUUUGUUGUGUCCUUCCAACAGUUGCUAAAGUUUAUGUAAGAAACUUAGAGUUUAAAGUGUCAGAAUGGGCUUUAUGCUGCCUUGUCUCUGUUAUUUUGAAUUAAAUCUUAGGUUUUAUAAAUGACAAGACUUUUUUUUGCUAUUUUAGCUGAACCUCCUUGUGUGCACCCAUGAGAAGCAUAUAAAUCAUUCAGAAAAGCAAUUAAAAA